AUGUUUACUAAAAUAACAAAGAGUAAUUCAUCUAAAAACUUUUCAAACUAUUAUCCACAAGUAAAUAAUAUAAACAAAUUAUAUAAAGAUACAGAUAAUUUAACUUCAAAAUCUUUUAUCACUCCAACUAUGGUAUUGUAUGGUAUUGGAGUUGGUAAUGAAACCUCAAGCCAAAAAGUAGUUGUUAAAAUUACAAAUAGAUAUUUAGAAGUAAUGGAAAAAAAUAGUUUAACUGUAAUAAAAACAAUUUUAUUAAGAGAUAUUAGAGAGUUUUCACAUUCAGGCCAUUUUUGGGAAAUUACCUACAGAAAUGAAAAGAAUGAAUUUGUAAUUUAUAGUCUCCAAUCACAAAAAGCUUAUUCAACAAAUAAUAAAGUUUUAGAAUUUUUAAAGGAAAUAAAAAAGGAUGAUGAUUUUACAAACUUUGCUAACGAUGAAUAUUAUUCGAAUAAUAUGUAUUAA